AUGACCAAGCUCCACUCCUCCACCGCCGGCCCUGAUUGUAAUCAGGAAAGUCUUGGGGUCCGAUUUCCACUUCUCCUUCUAUGCAACGCGAGGCCAGAAUAUAAGAAGAGAAGGAACGAACAGAGAUGGAGGCAAAAAUUUUGGGCUCUCAAUCCCGACACUCAGUUGACGGAACGGGAGACCGAGAGGCGGGAGACCACAGCUUCGACGAGAAUAGUAUCGAUCGACUCCAGCUUCUGUUCUUCUGUCGAUGGAGCCUAG